UACCAGAGUGGUUUUUGGAGUCAAACAGACCAACAUUUAUUAGCUUUGGUAAGUUGCAAGUGCUCCAUAAUUAGUAUUGGUGUUAUUUUUAUCAUCUCAUUAUUUUUAUUUUGCAGCUGACUAUUGUUAUUUAAAGUCAUGGAAUAAUAAGUGUCAAAUUUAGGAUUCACAAUUGGGUCCAUCUGACUCUAAAGGCUAUUUUCUUUCUGCCACUUUCUGUUACCUUACUUAUCCUUCCCUAGUCUUUUUCAACAGGAACCUCUCAACUGUGAUGAGCUCUAAACUUUGUUCCCCUAGAUUUUGGAAUCUUCUGCUUUAAACAUCUCUAAGGGACACUGGGAGAUAGGUUCAGCCCAGGACUCUGCAGAACGGGAUACUCUGACAUGAAUUAAUGUUUGCUCCUGUUGAUUAACAGUUAGGGCCCACAAAUGGGAAUUAUACUGUAAACUCUGUGAAGGAAAUGACUUUGUCUUAUUCGUUUUUGUGUUUGGAGAAAGGACAUGGGAUGGUAAGAGUGGAAGAAAAGAGACAAAUUAGGGGGUUAUUACAGUAAUCCAAGAAAGAGAUAAUGGUAACUUGGGCCAGUGUGGUGAAAAGUUGUUUGCUUGGGAAUUGUUUGUGAGUUAAAUGUAUGUGCAUGGGGGAGAGGUGUAGGGUGAAGGAAAGAGGAAUCAAGCAGGGGCCCUUAGACUUCUGAAUUAACAACUAGGAAAAUAGAAAUGUCAGUCACUGGGAUGGGAAAAUUGACAUAGGGGUAAGUUUGGGAAGUGGGGUCAAGAAUCAAGGGUCUAUUAUGUAUCACUAACUAUCCACAUAGACUAUAAGCUAACUGAGGACUGGUGAAAUGAUUUAUACCUUUCUCCCAUCCUGAAUAUUUUCUGGUACAUAGAUGAGGUAGCAUUUGAGCGGAUCUGACAGGAUUGUUAGGCAAGGAGGUGUGCAUUCCAGGCAGAGGGCCUACAUGAACAGAGGCAGGAGCAUUUGGGGCACUCUUGUAGUCAGUUGGUUGGAAUGUAAAAUGUGUAGAGCAAAGAUAAUAUUGGAAGGAUAGGUUGGGGCUGGAGCUAGUUUUAUGACAGCCUGUGAAUGCUAGAAUAAGGAGUUUAUACUUGAUUUGGCAGGUUAUAGGGGGAAAAAAGUGAUUUUUUAUUUUUUUAUUAAGGAAGUGACACGAAAGAGUAGUGCUUUGGAAAAAUAAUUUGACAGUGUUGCACAAGAUGAAUUUGAGAGGGCAAAGCCCUGUAAGGAUGCUGUUGUAGUAGUCCUAGGUAGAGACAGGGAGGGUCUGCAGUAGAGUGAAAUGAAAAGUGGAUUGAAAAAGAAGGAUGGAUAUAUGAGAUAUGGCUAAGCUGGGAUAUCGCAACUUUAUAAUUAACAAUUGUGUGUGAGAAUUGAGCAAUGUGGUCAAUCUACAUUUUCAGUACUUGGGAAUUUUAAGUAUGAAAUUGUAACCUUCCAAGACCCUGUCAAGUUCAGUGUUACCUCUCUAAACUUUGUUUCAGUUACUGAUACAGAAUUCCACAUGGCUGGGUAGAUGUGGGGGGGCUGGGAGGAGGCGUAGUAAAGUGUCAGAACAGAUGAAUGACUCCUGAGAGUCACAGGUGUGAUAUCAUGAACAUGCCUGUAUGAAAAUCCAAGUGAGCUACCUAGUGGGAAGAGCAUGGGCUUUGUAGCAAAACAGACCUGGAUUGGAAUAUGGCUCCACCAUUUACUAUCUGUGCAACCUGGGGCCUCAGUUUCCUUAUUGAUAAAGGUUGAUAAGAGUAUUAAGUUUAAAGUGGAUAAAAUGUGUAAAAUGCCAACCACAAUGUUGUAGCAGCAAUGACAGCGACUGUUGUCUGGUUGAAUUUUCUCCACAGAAUUUCUUCAGUCUCAUUCUAUAAUCUGCCAUUACCCCUUUGUCUUCUUGAAGCAUUUAAUUAGCUACAGGCUGUCAUUCAUUCACUCAGCAAAAUACAGAGAGGGCAAUGUGUCAAAGUGACCUUUAAGGGACUUUCCCUUUGAUAGGCAGCAGUGUCAUGCUCUUUAAGGGAAUACCUCACUUUAUUAGUUGUUAAUCACUUUAUGCUUUCUUUUAAAUAGGGGAGCUGAAGGACGGUUUUUGUAGACUACUGGAGAAUGUUAAAAAGUGAAAGAAUAGAUAGCUUGAGAGGGAGGACUGUCCAGAGCUAGAAGCCUGUGAAAGGGCUAGCUAUGAUGGCGAAAGCGACGUCUAAGGUCUCAUCUACUCCGGGAGUUUGCCUCAAUGGGCCCUGUAACGCUAGAGUCUUGUCUGCGCAUGUCGAGGUCUUUUGCCCCUCGGCGGACACCGUUCGCCAGCUAAAGCUGUGUCUUCGCGCUCAGAGACUUUGUAGGGUUCCGAUUUCUUCCCGUAUUCCGCGCUAGCCAUGACUAGCCGCGGGUCCCGGCAGCGCGUGAAGGGAGGCGGGGGCGGCGGCGAGGACACGUCUGUCUCGGCGGCGGACAGGCUGCGCGACCUGCUGUGCAGCCGAGAGGCGGGCGCGGCGGAGCACCGGGCCGAGCUUUCUGGGAACAAAGCAGGACAAGUCUGGGCACCCGAGGGAUCUACUGCCUUCAAGUGUCUGCUCUCAGCAAGGUUAUGUGCUGCUCUCCUGAGCAACAUCUCCGACUGUGAUGAAACAUUCAACUACUGGGAACCAAUGCACUACCUCAUCUAUGGGAAGGGAUUCCAGACUUGGGAAUAUUCCCCAGUUUAUGCCAUUCGCUCCUAUGCUUACCUCUUGCUUCAUGCCUGGCCAGCUGCAUUUCAUGCAAGAAUUCUACAGACUAAUAAGAUUCUCGUCUUUUACUUUUUGCGAUGUCUCCUGGCUUUUGUGAGCUGUAUUUGUGAACUUUACUUUUAUAAGGCUGUGUGCAAGAAGUUUGGAUUGCAUGUGAGUCGAAUGAUGCUAGCCUUCUUGGUUCUCAGCACUGGAAUGUUUUGCUCAUCAUCUGCAUUCCUUCCUAGCAGCUUCUGUAUGUACACUACAUUGAUAGCUAUGACUGGAUGGUAUAUGGACAAGACUUCCAUUGCUGUGCUGGGAGUAGCAGCUGGGGCUAUCUUAGGCUGGCCAUUCAGCAUAGCUCUUGGUUUACCUAUUGCCUUUGAUUUGCUAGUCAUGAAACACAAGUGGAAGAGUUUCUUUCAUUGGUCACUGGUGGCCUUAAUACUCUUUCUGGUGCCUGUGGUGGUCAUUGACAGCUACUAUUAUGGGAAGUUGGUGAUUGCACCACUCAACAUUGUUUUGUAUAAUGUCUUUACUCCUCAUGGACCUGAUCUUUAUGGUACAGAACCCUGGUAUUUCUAUUUAAUUAAUGGAUUUCUGAAUUUCAAUGUAGCCUUUGCUUUGGCUCUCCUGGCCUUGCCACUGACUUCUCUUAUGGAAUACCUGCUGCAGAGAUUUCAUGUUCAGAAUUUAGGCCACCCAUAUUGGCUUACCUUGGCUCCAAUGUAUAUUUGGUUUAUAAUUUUCUUCAUCCAGCCUCACAAAGAGGAGAGAUUUCUGUUCCCUGUGUAUCCACUCAUAUGCCUCUGUGGCGCUGUGGCUCUUUCUGCACUUCAGAAAUGUUACCACUUUCUGUUUCAACGCUACCGCCUGGAGCAUUAUACCGUGACGUCCAAUUGGCUGGCGUUAGGAACAGUCUUUUUAUUUGGGCUCUUAUCCUUUUCUCGAUCUGUGGCACUGUUCAGGGGAUAUCACGGGCCCCUUGAUUUGUAUCCAGAAUUUCACCGAAUUGCUACGGACCCAACCAUCCACACUGUCCCAGAAGGCAGACCUGUGAAUGUCUGUGUUGGAAAGGAGUGGUAUCGAUUUCCCAGCAGCUUCCUUCUGCCUGAUAAUUGGCAGCUUCAGUUCAUUCCAUCAGAGUUCAGGGGCCAGUUACCUAAACCUUUUGCUGAGAGACCACUGGCCACCCGGAUUGUUCCUACUGAUAUGAAUAACCAGAACCUAGAAGAGCCAUCCAGAUAUGUAAGGAUCGAUAUCAAUAAAUGCCAUUAUUUAGUGGAUUUGGACACCAUGAGAGAAACACCCCGGGAGCCAAAAUAUUCAUCCAAUAGAGAAGAAUGGAUCAGCCUGGCCUAUAGACCAUUCCUUGAUGCUUCUAGAUCUUCAAAGUUGCUGCGGGCGUUCUAUGUCCCCUUCCUAUCAGAUCAAUAUACAGUGUAUGCGAACUAUACCAUCCUCAAGCCCCGGAAAGCAAAGCAAGUCAGGAAGAAAAGUGGAAGUUAGCGACACACCUGUAGCCCCAAAGGACAACCAUCAUGUUAAUUACUGAUUCUACUGACAUAAUGCCUUUCGAGUCAUCACUUGUAGCAUUUGUAAUAAAGGUCUUCUGAUAGGAAUACUGGAGUCUGAGUGCUUUGAGCUAGUCAAAGGCAGUCACAUUCACCUCUUACCUGUGUCUCUGUUCUGCAUGUAAACUUUUUGCAAAUAGAGAAAGGUCCUGAAGCACAGGUAGAUACAUUGCUCCACAUCUUAUUGCUUUUCUUCUGUUCAAGUAUUUACUAGACCGGAAAAGAACAGAAUCAACUUACAAGAAGAAUUAAAAAUCCCUGGAAUGGAAGGCUGUGUUAAGCUGCUCUCUACGCUCUGGCCUGCCAUCAGGAAACUAGCAAGUUUCUCUUGGGCCAUCUGGGCUUUUCCACCAAACCUGUUUGGCAGCUCCUCACAGACCUUGUUCCAAUCCUAGUGCUGAAAAUGAGUACAGCCUAGUUGCCAACUCACGUGUCCAUUUCACCUCCUGCAACACAGCUUUCUGUAAAGCACUUCACAGGACCAGGACCUGGUCCUGGAGAUACCUCAGGAAAAAGGCAACCAUUUGAGGAACCGUGACCUAAUUUUAUUAUACACAGUGCUUCUAACUUCCAUUUUAUUUCCUUUACAAAAAUUGUAAUCUCAUGGUGGGGGGGUUAUUUUAUUUAAGUUUUAGCAUACUAUUUCUUGAAUUUAAGACUCGUGUAUAAAGAUAUCUAACUGACCAGGCUAUAACUCUAUAGGGCAUAAAAACCAAAAAAAAAAAAAAACCCAGUGGCGUCGAGGCGAUUCCGACUCAUAGCGAUCCAAUAGGACCGAGUAGAACUGCCCCAUAGAGUUUCCAAGGAGCACCUGGCGGAUUCGAACUGGUUAGCAGCCGUAGCACUUUAACCACUAUGCCACCAGGGUUUCCUCUAUAGGGCAUAUUUAGAGAAAAUUCUAUGAAUUGGUAGAUUUAGAUGACAUCACAUUUUAAAAAAUUUGUUCUGAGGCUAUCUGUGAGGAAAUUGAGAAUUUGUGAAUUUUAGUGAAAGUGUAUGUUUAUAGGACCGAUUUUUGAGUUUUGUCUACUGCAGAGCACAUCCUACAUGGGGCACUUCUAGUCAAGUAGACAAUAAGGACCCAAUUAUAUGGUAAUAAGUGUAUACUAUGACUUUACAUACAGCAUUUUACAGUUUACAAAGAACUUUCACAUCCAUUAUCUCACUUGAUCCUCACAAUCAUGUUGUGAGGUAGACAAGGCAGGUAGUUUUACCCCCAUUUUACAGGUGAGGAAACUGAGACUGGUAGGGGGAUACAAUGACUUGCCCAAGGUCACAGAGCCAGUGAGUAAUAGAACUGGGCUAGAACCCACAUUGCCUGACUUCUCAUUUAAUGCUCUUUCAUACUUCUACAUUUAACUGUGAAAACAUUACUUGAAAGAAUGAGGAGGUUAACAGAGACCAAAUUGAUAUUGUCACUUUCUAUUUUAAGGAAGAAUUUUACCUGGGCUUCUUUGGAAUUUUUUGGACCCUCAAAUCUGGCUGUGAAUUAAGACUACUAUAGCAGUGCUCAUGCUGCAGGCUGGCCUGUGACAGGAACAGAGUGCAUGGCAGGGAGUCAUGCUCCUUUGCAGCCCCACAGGAUCCAAUUUCAGUACUAUUCCUGUAGUAAGUAAAUCCGGGGUCACAUCAUCGGUACCUUAUUUCCCUAAGGAUGAUUGUUUCUUACAUCUACAAAUAGAAUGAAUCUAGUUUUUAGAGUUUCCAUCCUUCAUUUUUCAGAGAAGGAAUUUUCAGCAGAAAUUGAUCCCAAGAAAGGAGAAAGGAAGUGAUAAGGGAAGGAAUGGCUAGCUACCAUAUAACAAGUCUGCGUUUUGGGAUCCUCUAUAAAGGAAUGUCUGGGACAGAGUUGAAGCACUGGGCAGGCAAUAAUCUAUACAGUAUAGAAUAACUGGAGAGUGAAGAUAGAUUGGGUUCCCACUUGCGGCUUUAAAGAUUUCUGGCAUUUAUUUCUAAAUACUUGAUUCCUUUUUUCCAAGGCAAAUAUUGGCACAUGUGGUCUGACUUCAGGGAAGGGAAUUUUAAGUGAUUCUUGCUCUAUCUGCAUAUUACCCUUCACAGCCGCUGAAGCCCUUCACUUUUUGCAGCAGUAGAGAGUCCAGUAAUAGAGGUCCAUGAGAAGUGGCUUGUACAAUGCUGAUCUAUUUUAUCAUCUCACUUGUAAACAAAGUAAAAACCCUUCUGAGCAAAAACUUAAUUGUAACCCAGCAUGAAAAAGGUCGUGAUUGAUCCAGGGAUUCCUUGAAAAUACCAGUUUGUGUUCUGUUUUAAAACCCAAUUCUGGUUUUCUCUGUUCAUGUAUAUCUUUAGUAAGAGCGCAAUAAAUUACAGAGGUCCCUGGGUGGUGCAAAUGGUUUGUGCCUAACUACUAACCUAAAGGUUGGCAGUUCAGACACACCAAGCAGUGCCAUGGAAGAGGGGCCUGGGGAUCUGCUUCCAUAUAGGCUACAGCCGAGAAAACUACAGAGCAGUUCUACUCUGUAGCACGUGGGGUUGCUGAGGGUCAUAAUUGACUCUACAGCAGCUGGUUUUGGUGCCAAGUGCUAUAGAUUGGGGGUACAAAAAUGAAUGAUAUUUGUUGUCAAAGGAUUUUUCACAUGAUACUAUACAAACACAUUUAAAAAUCUCCAUCUCUUUGUAAUACAGAGAGGUUAGCUUUGCCUGGGAAAAGAGUGGCGAAAUACCUGGUCAGAGUACCAUUUAUCCAAAGAAUCCGUGUUCAGCAUGAGCUGACUGCUCCCUCGCUAUAUGGAUAAGUAUCUAAGGUACUUACUUUUCAAGAUUGCCAGCUAUCAAGGAGUGAAGGAGUACAAAUUGUUUGUAAUAGCCUUUGAUUUGGGCCAAGUGAGGGAGUUGGUAUACUUGACAAACCCAGGGCUCUCUGAUCUCUAGACCUGAAGCAGCCUUAUCUGAACUCCAAAUCUUAGGACACUGAUAACCAUUACUGAACCGGACUGUGCGGUAGGCAUCUGUGUGGACCUCUCACCUGGUAGGUGUCAUCUGAUAAGAAAGAAGACAGGUCAUUUUAAUCUCUUGGGAUCAUCACAGAAAAUUGCAGCCCCUACUGAAUUCCAGGGUGGAAACAGAUUUUUCAACCAAGGUGGUUCUUGAUCCCAACUGUUGAUUUAGGUCAUUUUUCCUAGUCUGGAGUUUUGGGAAAGAACCUUGAAAACCCUAUGUGAUUUUGCAGCGUUAGAUCUGGGGGGACCGUUGGGGCAAAGCACAAGUGGCAGUUCUUUGUUGUGUUUUGCAUUUCAUGGGAUUUAUUGAAAUAAUAAUUCACUGUAAUUGUGCAGUGUCCUGGCCAGUGUCGGGCAGCUGUGCUUCUACUUUGGUUAAUUUUAUUUUCUCUGAAGAAAGAGGCACAAUUUAAUUUCGGCCUCAGGCAUAUUAAAGCUUAUGCAUUAGUUAAUUCCUAUGCUCCUACAUUAAAAGCCUUGAGUAAAUGAGUAAAAUGGACAGAUGCUCAGCUUUGAUUCUUUUGCAACAGAAAGAUCAGACUUUGGUUAUGGCAUCGUUGGAUUUCAUAGGCUCUCUGGUGUGUCAGUAAACCUAAAUGAAUGCUGCCUUUAGUUUUUCCAACGUAGUAAGACCCGGGGUAAGAACGUCAGGACUGCCAUAAAGCCUAUUGUAUUAAAAAUUUGAGUUAAAUACAAUGGUUCUUAAUAAAGAACGCACAAAUGAACGCAGGCACUACUUUGUGAUGCUCAGGAAGUGUUUAAUAUACAUAGAAAGGUAAACUAUAUACUGUAUGCUAAGACAAACAUUUGGCUAACUGAUGCUAAAUAAGAACUGUUUGUACCUGCUCUGACUUACCUACAAAUUUGACUUACAGACAGACUUGGAAACAGAUCGCGUUCAUAAGCCGGGGCCGCCUGUAUACGUAACCAUGUACGUGAUUCGUGCUGCAGAUGGAAUCAGGAAGCGGUACAGUGUUGAAGCCAUUAAUUUGUCUUUCUGAUCCCUGUACUUUAUUUCAUGUGUUUACAUUACAUACUUCUUUUAUUCACUGUGAAAGAAAAAAUUAAAUAAAUCUAGGCAGUUUGACUUUCCUUUUCUUAAGGUGACCUUUUCUGCUUUGCUUCUAGCUUUUAAAUCUUUGUUGGACAUUGGAAGCUGAAGGAGCUCACUUUCCCUCAUUUCCCUCCAGUGUAUAGACCUACCUUCUACAAGCCAAGUAGUCCAAAAUGUUUAUCUUGAAAACGUUAGGGUUAGUUUUAUUUUACUUGUAGAAAAACAAGCACAGUAGGAAGUAUUUGAUGUUGCCCCUAAAAGAGAUAAAAUUCCUGUGUUCAUUUUAUGUUUUUGGAUUAAGAAUCUCUGGGAUGUGGAAAUCUAAUUUUCAUAGAAAUUCUGAUUCAGUUUUAUCUAACAUUUGGGUAAUUUCUCCCCUUGUCAGGAGCAGUAAAACUGGUUUUUGCAAAUGAAUUCCUAACAUCAUUCUUAUACCUUACACUUUCUAUCCAAUAACUUCUACUUGCCAUCUGGUUUUCUACCAUUGCUUAUCAUUUUUCCUCUCAUAUAACCCAAAAUGAUUUUAAAUUUUUAAAAUAUUUUCUCUGAAGUUGUUUUUGGAAAGGAUGCUUUUAUUAAUAUAAUUCCGGGAGGGAGAAGUCUACACCUUAAUGAGUUCCUUUCCCCUUGGCAAGCAUGUCAGCCUUCUUCUGUUAACUCUUAUUUUUAGGGCUAGCCCAGCUUUCCCUCUUCUGUGAAGCCUUUCUAGACUUCUCCUGAGUCCUGUAAUUACUACUUUUUCGGAACCCUCUUGAGCACCGUCUCAGUUACUACUGAGACACAGUGCUAUAACAGAAAUACCAGAAGUGGAUGACUUUAACAAAGAGAAGUUUAUUUCUUCACAGUAAAGUAGGCUAAAAGUUCAAAUUCAGGGCACCAGCUCCAAGGGAAGGCUUUCUCUCUCUGUGGGCCUUCUCAUCAAUCUUCCCCCAAAGAGCUUCUCUGCACAGGGACCCCAGCACUGCUUUCUUGGUGGUAUGAGGUCCCCCACUCUCUGCUUGCUUCCCUCUACAGCUGUGAACCAAAAGCUCAGCAGUUCGAAUCCGCCAGGUGCUCCUUGGAAACCCUAUGGGGCAGUUCUACUCUGUCCUAUAGGGUAGAUGGCACUGGGUUUUUUGUUUUUUUAAGAUAAAAGGUAGUGCAGGCCACACCCCAGGGAAACUCCCUUUGCCUUGGAUCAGGGAUGUGACCUUAGUAAGGGUGUUAGAAUCCCACCCUAAUCCUCUUUAACAUAAAAUUACAGUCACAAAAUGGAGGACAACCACACAAUACUGGGAAUCAUGAACUGGUCAAACUGAUAACACACAUUUUGGGGGGAACAUAAUUCAAUCCAUGACAAGUACCUAUUGUCUUUACCAGAGGCAUGAAACCUUAACGUUAUAAACCUUGUAAGCCUGUCUCCCAAGAACAUUGUUGGUAUGUCCAGGAGCAAAGACCAUGUCAUGCUUCUGUGUAUUUCUAGUGCUCAACACAGUACAGUUCUCUGAACAUUUUGGUACUGUACACGUUCAUUGACAAUGAUUAAGAAAGAAAAGUAAAAAGAAACCAGAAACUGAUACAUAGUUGUUACCUUCUAUCUGGCAUAGAUAUUUAGACCACAGAAAAUACAGCAAGUCAUAAAGCCUGUAAAACUCAAAGGACAAUUUGGAAGAUGUGAAUGAGACUGAAUAUGUAUAUAUUUUAAAUUUUUUCUUGAAGUUUGCAGGCUUCCACAUAAAAGCAGAUUCCUCAGGGUAGCUUCUAAAUAAAGAUGGAGUGCCUAUAUUGAAUAUUUCUGUUAUUACUUGAUUUUGGAGGGUCAGGCAUAGCUCAGGAGACCUUGUGAAUGAGUUUAGGUCAGAAAGCUUCUCCUCCAGGUGUCAGAAGGUGCUCGGGUCUGACCAGCUAGGACUGUUAGGAAAAGGAAGUCCAGCUUCCAGGUGACUUUGUAGUGAUAAAUUCAAAUUCAGUAAUACUAAGAAGCAAGUGAUUUUUUUAAAACUGAAAACUGUUUUGGUUGCCCUCAACAGUGGAAUUCUGCAUAGACCUGACAUUUAAAUUAUAACUAAAGACUUUGAUGAAUCAGAGUAAUGAAAUGAGGGAAAUUUGGAUUAGGGAUAUGAGAUUAUGGAAUUGUAGUGAUAACGGCAGACUGGAAGUUUUCUGUUUAGUUUCUUAGAAUAAAUAGCUUGUGUUUAAAUUAAUGACUGGCUUAGAUACCAUUUUACUUGAGUAUGAGCUUUUUCCUCGCCUAAAAUUUUAGUGAAUUUCCAGCUAUCUUCAUAAAAUACUGCAAGGUGGCAUGGUUUUUUUUUUUUUGGUUUGUUCUUGUUUCCAGUUUCUGGGCUUGUUUUUCUGUCAUCUCAUGCCUGUAGAUGAAGGUAUAAACCAGGUGACUUCUGAAUGUUCCUAAAACCUAAAUUUAAGACAAACUUCUCUAACAAGAGUUUUUUCCAGUCCUGCAACCAUGUGUGCUUUACAUGGGCUCCUUUUGACCGUCAUUCAUCUACAGCACCAGAAUUUAGCAACUGGUGCCCUUGGCCUGUAAUUUAUCAUUUUAACUCUUGGAUAGCAAGUUGCCAAAUGAAAAGGGUAUACUUUUUGGUUGGUUGUUUUGUUAGCUGCUUCAGCAGCCUUGUGUUCCACGUUGAAGAAGAUGUAACCUACAGAGCAGUGAAUCUCAACUGUAGCUUCACAUGAGAAUCACCUGAGUAGCCUUUAAAAAUUUGCCACUGUUGGUUGACCUCCAGAAAUUCGGACUUAGUGAUGCAGGGUAGACCCAUGUAUCAGUGUUUUUUUUUUUAAUCUCUAGGUGGUUUUUUUAAGGUGCAGCUAGAGUUGAGCACUACUAGUAUUAAUAAAG